CAGUCAGGAAAUGUUUUUACGACACCAUGGAUCGAAGUCCACCUGCGGGCCUCAAACAACCAUCAGUCCAGCGGGGCUGUGGGGCCGGCCUGUUCGCCUGUCUGACUGCUGAGGCUGUCUGUCUGGUAUCCAGGUCGCUGUGAAAAUGAAGCUCAGGUUGGACUCACAGUGGCGUAAAAGCUGAGACCCGUCUGCUGUAAUGGACCUAGAUGCUUAUCACCCACACAUGCCCUGGCCUCUGGUCCACCACCCUGACCACUGUCCAGAUAAUCUGGAGGGAUCAUCAACAUCUCAGGAGGUCAAGGCUGAGACAAAUGGCAGACCAGAGGUAGAGUCGGAGGAUGCUUGUCCCAUCUGUGGAGACAAAGUGUCAGGAUACCACUAUGGACUGCUCACUUGUGAAAGUUGUAAGGGAUUCUUCAAACGCUCAGUGCAGAAUAACAAGCACUACACGUGUUCAGAACAGCAGCGCUGCCCCAUGAAUCUGUCCCAGAGGAAACGCUGUCCUUUCUGCCGCUUCCAGAAGUGUUUGGCAGUGGGAAUGAAAAGAGAAGCUGUAAGAGCGGAUCGUAUGAGAGGUGGCAGAAAUAAAUUUGGCCCUCUGUACCGACGGGACAGGCAGAUGAAACAGCAAAGGGCUCACCUUCAGACAAGCAGUGCCCCCUACAGGAUUAAGCAGGAAACCACCCACGCACAACGCCCCACCACAAGAGAUGACCUCCCUGUGGCCAACCACACCAGCACACCAUCGUCUUCAGACGCUUUUCAUCAGACCUACAUGUAUUCGCCCGGCACGGUGCAGUCAGGAGUGUCUGUGCCUCUGGACUGCACGGUGAACACUGACAGAAUUCUCACUCUUCCGUCCUUGCCUUGUCCUGCCAGACACUACAGCACGCUCCCUGUUUUCUCCCAGGAGAAGGGAGACAGGGCGUUCACCCGCAGCACAGCUCCUGCUGACCCUGUCGUUCACCCCAACAGUGCAUUCACACCAAGAGGCACACCGGUGUCCGCAACAUGUUCCGCGCUAAGAUCCGGCCCAUCACUCUCCCGAGCUCUCACUCAAACCUCACACACUCCUCCGCCCGCCUAUCCCACCACCGACUUCUUAAACCUUCUAAUGGAAUGUGAGCAGGACGAGAGCCAGAUGUGUGCCAAAGUCCUGGCCAGCCUGCAGAGAGAACAGGCCAACCGAGGGAAACAUGAUUGUCUCAAUACAUUCAGUAUCAUUUGUAAAAUGGCUGACCAGACUCUGUUUGGACUGGUUGAGUGGGCCAGGAACACCACGCUCUUCAAGGAGUUGAAGGUGGAGGACCAGAUGGUGCUACUGCAGAGCUGUUGGAGCGAGCUGCUAGUUCUGGACCACCUGUGCAGACAGGUGGACUACGGCAAAGAGGGAUGCAUAUAUUUGGUCACGGGACAACAGAUUGAAGUGUCGACCAUUAUCUCCCAGGCAGGGGUGACACUCAGUGGCCUGGUGUCAAGGACACAAGACCUGGUGUCCAAACUGAAGACACUCCAGUUGGACAGACACGAAUUUGUUUGUCUUAAAUAUCUGGUCCUGUUCAACCCAGAUGUGAAGGACUUGCAGGGUCGCAGUCAGGUGGAGCAGAUCCAAGAGAGGGUGAAUCGAGCCUUGAUGGAGCACACUCACUACAUCCACCCUGGACACUCAGACAAGUUUGGUCAGCUGCUGCUGAGGCUUCCUGAGGUACGCAGCAUCAGCCUGCAGGUUGAGGAGUAUUUGUACCAGCGCCAUCUUCUUGGGGAUUUGCCCUGCAACUCUUUGCUGGCUGAAAUGCUCCACACCAAGCACAACUGAGAAGACGACGUGGUGAUAAUGAUGUUUUUCUGUUUCAUCAUAGACAUUAACAUGUGUGAUGUCCUCACUUCACUUCAGUCACAGAAGCCUGUGUCGUUCCAGCUUAGAGUCUGCUCCAGACAUUUUGAUGCCUAUAGUGUGAUUUGGCGCCCUCCAUGGUCCCCUAUUGUAACUACUUAUUAGGGGCAUCACAGCACCCCCUCCUACAGCAAACACCGGCCCAGGACACUGCCUACACUUGGUCUGUGUUAAAAACCGACUCUCUUUGCAUCAACAGGCAGUGUAUUUUUAUACCGUAUUCCACCUAUGAAAUAAGCACAGACGUCAGCUAAGAAGCACAGAAUACAGAGUUGAGAUUUUUUUUCUCAGCUCGAUCUUCAGCCUAUUCACAGCCACAAUUAUGAAACCACACACAGACAUACACAAACGUUCGGUUUUGCAGGAUCAUUUUUGUGAAUCUUGAAACCACAAAGCUUACGCUAGUUCGGUAACCACUGCAGCAGUUCUCUAUCAGCAGUAUUAACACAGCCGUAACACAUGAUGUCUUGGAGGACUUAAGAUCAAAGCACAAUAAACAGAAAAUAAUAAACAAUAGUCGUAUAUAAAAAAG